AUCCUUGGAGACGUGACCGAACUUGACUUACCGACACAUUGCUGGUUGUGAUCUAGGACCCCUAAGUCCUCUCCCGCUCACAGAAUCCUUAGCCCAGACCCCAUGGGCAAUCUGGACAGACUCCUCUCAUGGGGGCACUGGGGCUCCAGGUGGCUCCACAGUGACCUGGACGCCCAUUUGUCUCCAUCACGGGCUGUAGCACUUCCUCUGCACAGUCAGCCCUGGAUCCCCUCCACCCUUCCCUCCCUUCCCAUCUGCGCACUGUCCGGCCAGCUCUUCUCGGAGGAAAUUUGCAUCAUGCAGCAGAGGGAGGGCUCUUGAGGACUGCUUCACUGAGCCAUGGUCUGUUCGGCGGCCUCCGUGCUACUCCUGGCCAUGACUCUCCCCCUCGUGGGGCCACCAGUUGCCCGAGCAUCCCAACCUGGACCCAGUCAGGCGGGAGGGGGAACUGGGCAGCAGCUGGACCAAGAAAGCGGAGCAGGUGAAUCAGCCCUGCUCUCGGUCUAUGUCCAGCUGGUCUUUUCGCAUGGGGGCUGGCCAGCAGCACUCUCCAGGCCCCUGCCUCUGCCCCCGGCCUCUGCUUCCUCUUCCCUGGGAACUCUCGCCGGCCUCAGCCUCACGACAGAGUGUAAUGUCAAGCCGGAUGGGCUUACCUAUUGUGCCUGCCUGUCUGGAUACCAGUGGAAUGCCAGCAUCUGCUCCCGUCACCAGCUCUGCCAGCCCCCCCACAACCACCGGCCCUGCGGCUGCCUGGUCCUGAGCCCUCCAGAAGCGGGGUACUGCCAGGUGCUGCCACCUGUCCCGGGCAACCUGAGCCUGAACUCCUGGCUGCAGGUGCCUGGCCACACACUGAACCUGACCCUCCACACAAGCCAGGAGACCACCAGCCUGAACUGGUUCCUGCGGCGGCACACGGGGAGCCCCGGGCCCAUCCCUCUGCAGCCGGGGACACAGGUGUCCCUGACGUUGAGCCAGGGCCAGGCUGUCCUCAGCAUCCGCAACGUCUCGCACGAGUGGGAAGGUGAGUACAUGUGCUGCUUCGAGGCCCAGGGAUUCCGGUGGGAGCUGUACCAGUUGGUGAGGGUGCCCCUGCGGGUGACAGACGUGGCUCGGCUUCCAGACCAGCUCUCCAUCUCCUGUGCCACCUCCCUGGGCUUACAGCUGAGCUGCUGCAUCCCCUACACACCUCUGGGCUACAUGGCCUCCUGGAGCCCUGGAGAGGGCAGCGAAGCCUCCGUAUUGAACACACCAGGCGACCAGUGCCUUGUACUGGACACUCAGCACUGCCCUGCAGCUGACAUCACAUACACUUGUGACCUGCAGAGCCCAGGACUGACUCCUCUCAGGGUCCCCGUCUCUGUCACCAUCAUCCAGGAUGGAGACACUACCUGCCCUGAGGACUCUGCAGUUGUUGCCUGGAAUGUCACCAAGGCUGGCCACGUGGCACAGGCCCCCUGUCCCGUGAACAGGACGGGCGUGGUGAAGAGGACUUGUGGGCCUGACGGGGCCUGGGGGCCCAUCCACAGCAGCUGCACAGACACCAGGCUGCUGGCCUUGCUUCGGGGAGCCCAGCUGCUGUGGGCCGGCCAGGGCUGCCCUGCUGAAGAGGUGCCACGGAGCCUGGCACAGCUGCUGGAGCAGACAGAGGUGGUGAGCUCACCCUCUGACUUAUUGGCACUGCUGGGCACCAUGACAUUCCUGGCCAAGGUGGUGGCAGACACCGGAAUACCACUUCGCCGCAGUGCCCUGGAGGCUCUCCUGAAAACCACGGACAAGGUCCUAGACAUGGACACCAGUUCUCUGUGGACCCCGACCCAGGCCCAGAAGCCCUCGGCGGCCUCCGAUCUCCUGCUGGCAGUGGAGACCCUGGCACACAGCCUGUGCCCACAGGAUCACCCCUUCUCCUUCAGCCUGCCCAAUGUGCAGCUGCAGACCCAGCUCCUCACACCCACAGUUCCUGCUGUCUACAGAGUCUCCUUCUCCACUCAGCCCCCACUCUGGGCACAGAUUCCCAGACGCUCACUGGCCCCACUGGACACUAGCAAUAGUAACGUCACGAUUACUAGCCUGGUGCUGCGAAAACUGGACCACCUCCUACCCUCAAACUAUGGACAGGAGCUGGGGGACUCCCUCUACGCCACUCCCGGUCUGGUCCUCUCCAUCUCCAUCAUGGCAGGUGGCCAGGCCUUCAACCAGGGAGAAGUCACCAUGGACUUUGGGGACAGAGAUAACCCCUUUCGCUGUGUCUUCUGGGAUCACCAUCUUUUCCAGGGCAACGGGGGCUGGUCAGGUGAAGGGUGCCAAGUGCAGGCAGCCAAUGCCAGCGCCACCACUCAGUGCAUCUGUCGGCAUCUCACUGCCUUCUCCAUCCUCAUGUCCCGACACACUGUUCCAAGUAACCCCACCCUGGAGCUGCUGAGUCAGGUGGGCUUGGGGGCCUCCAUUCUGGCGCUGCUUGUGUGCCUGGGCGUGUACAGGCUGGUGUGGAGAGUCGUGGUUCGGAACAAAGUUGCCUACUUGCGCCACGCAGCCCUGCUCAACGUGGUGCUCUGCCUGCUGGCCGCGGACACCUGCUUCCUGGGAGCCCCCCUGCUACCUCCGGGGCCCCAAAGCCCACUCUGCCUGGCCGCCGCCUUCCUCUGUCAUUUCCUCUACCUGGCCACCUUUUUCUGGAUGCUGGCUCAGGCCCUGAUGCUGGCCCACCAGUUGCUUUUUGUCUUCCAUCAGCUGUCCAAGCGCCGAGUCCUCUCCCUGAUGGUGGUCCUCGGCUACCUGUGCCCGAUGGGGUUGGCAGGGGCCGCCCUGGGCCUCUACCUACCCCGAGGGCAAUACCUCGGUGAGGGGGCGUGCUGGUUAGAUGGGAAGGGAGGGGCGCGCUACACCUUCGUGGGGCCGGUGCUGGUCAUCGUGGGCCUGAACGGGCUGGUACUAGCCAUGGCCAUGCUGAAGCUGUUGAGACCGUCGCUGUCAGAGGGACCCCAGGCGGAGAAGCGCCAAGCCCUUCUGGGGGUGAUGAAAGCCCUGCUCGUUCUCACACCCAUCUUCGGCCUCACCUGGGGGCUGGGCCUGGCCACUCUGCUCGAGGAAGUCUCCAUGGUCCCUCACUACAUCUUCACGAUUCUCAACACCUGCCAGGGUGUCUUCAUUCUGCUGUUUGGUUGCCUGAUGGACAAGAAAGUACAAGAGGCUUUACUCAAACGCUUCGGCUGUGCCCAGCCCCCCAACUCCACCAUCUCCCUGGCCACAAAUGAAAGCCACCUCCCGGAACCCAGCAGAGGGAGAAGUGACAAUGCCAGUUAUGAAGAAAAGAUGACUUAAUUGACAGGAACUCUGAUCUUCCUAACAUUAGAGGUGAAGGGCAGAAUUUGGUUUGCUUAUUUUCAAAGUUUAGGAAAAGUGAAGUUAAUGAGACUCCUUCUUUAACUUUAAAAAUAUUGAUAUAAAAUUUUUGUAGACAUACACAUGUAUACAAAAAGUCACUGAUAUAAGCAUAUUUGUAAGAAAGCACCAGAAAUUUUAAGGUAGAGAGAAAGGUAUCACAGACUGCCACAAAUUACGAAGACAAGAUGAAACACAUUUAAAAGUGGCAGG